ACUAACAUUCCAAAUCCUUCGAUCUUUGAUUUCUCCUGAAAUCUCGAUUUCAAAAACCCUAAAGAUAUUUAUAGUUCCAUUUCCGAUCAUUUCGGUGUUCGGAUGCAGAUCUCCGGAGGUGAGUGAGUAAUCUCGGUGACUUUCCGAAUUACCCAUGCCGCGGAAAGCGCAACUGCAGCUUCCGGCGUCUCGUCGCGGCGGCGUGUGGUUUCGAUGGAAGCUAAUCACUGCUCUCUCCGCCGCACUAUGUAUCAUCGCUCUCUUCAGUAUCCACCGUCAGUCUCGUUCCAGCGCGACACUACCGUCGCUCUCCGUCGCGAGAUCUCGUAUCCCGCUCCGAAAAUACUCCGGCGACCGUCCGAAGGUCGCGUUCCUUUUCCUGGCUCGCCGUGAUCUUCCACUCGAUUUUCUCUGGGAUAGAUUCUUCAAGGGAGCAGAUCAGAGGAAUUUCUCAGUUUAUGUACAUUCAGUACCAGGAUUCGUAUUCGAUGAAGGCACCACACGAUCACAGUUCUUCCACAAUAGACAAUUGAAGAAUAGCAUCGAGGCAAUUUGGGGAGAAUCAAGCAUGAUUGCAGCAGAGAGAUUGUUGCUAGCAUCUGCCUUGGAGGAUCCUUCGAAUCAAAGAUUUGUUCUUUUGUCUGAUAGCUGUGUUCCGUUAUACGACUUUGGUUACAUAUACAGAUAUCUAAUGUCUUCACCAAAAAGCUUUGUAGACAGUUUCCUUGAUACUAAAGAUAGGCGCUACACCAUGAAAAUGUUUCCUGUGAUUCCUAAAGAGAAGUGGCGAAAAGGAUCCCAGUGGAUAUCAUUGAUCAGAAGCCAUGCAGAGGUCAUUGUUAACGAUGAUACUGUGUUCCCUGUUUUUCAGAAAUUUUGCAAGCGAUCUCUACCUCUGGAUCCCAGAAAUAAAUGGCUUUAUCUUAAACACAGACGUCACAACUGCAUCCCUGAUGAACACUACGUUCAAACUCUGCUUACAAUGCGCGGCUUGGAGAGUGAAAUGGAACGGAGAACAGUGACAUACACAACAUGGAACCUAUCAGCGAAAAGAGCUGAAGCCAAAUCUUGGCAUCCUCUUACUUUCACAUCGGAUACUUCGGGACCAGAGGAAAUACAAGGAAUAAAGAAAAUCAACCAUGUAUAUUAUGAAACGGAAUAUCGAACAGAAUGGUGCAGGGCGAAUUCGAAACCCGUACCAUGCUUUCUCUUUGCGAGGAAGUUCACUAGAGGAGCUGCAAUGCGACUUUUGAGUGAAGGAUUAGUAGAUUCAUCAACAUAUACUGAUACAACAACCUUUUGAAUUGCAAAAAGAAGGUAAGCGAAAGGUUAAAAGUUAUAAAACUAAGAAAGAAGAAACCGAAAACCUGACACAGGGAAAGAGAUUUAACUUAGAGCAUAUACACACAAGUGAAGCAUACACAGAUAGUACAUUAAUUGAUGAUCAUACGACUUAGUACAAAGUACAGCCUCUAUGGUUUUUUUCUCUUUUUCUCUUUUUUGUAUUUUUAUUUAUUUGAUAUAAAACGGCAAUUUCUGAGCUUCUAUAGAGAAAUUAUAAUACAAAAUUACAAAUGUUUUGGGGAAACUGUG